AUGUUACACCAAGCAUCGUCGAAUAGAGCUGCAUCUUCAGCUUUGCCGAAUCCAAAACAACAAGUCUCAUCGCUGAAUGCUAUCAACAGUGGCGUCGACGUUACGGCUGUUCUAUUGGCUACAGCAAGGAUUCGAGUAAAGGACAGCCAAGGAACGUUCAUUCUUUUGCGUGCAUUGGUCGAUCAAGGGUCCCAGCGUUCGUUCAUCAGUGAAGCUACGGCGCAACUCUUACGGCUACCACGUCGAGCGAUAAAUCUGACAAUCAGCGGCAUCGGGAGUCAUUCAACGAGCAGCAAGGGAGCGAUAUUUGCUCAAAGCAAAGAGAAAUGGUCGACAACUUUCAACUUAUCUCUUGUCGUAGUAAACCAUAUAACGGACAAGAUUCCCCAGUCCAAGACACCAUGUAAGAUAGCUGAAUUGAGACAGGAGGACUUAGCUGAUUCAUCGUAUCACAUUCCGGGGAAGAUCGACGUCCUCCUGGGUGCUGACGUUUAUGGCGAUCUAUUGGAAAAGGGCGUAAUCCGGAUAAAGAAUACCAAAGUUUUGGCUCAAAAAACCAAAAUCGGUUGGAUCCCGUCCGGGCCUGUCAACCAAGUAACACGAGCAGCAGAACCUUCCAUCAAUAUGGUUAGCAUCGAACAGCUAGAUGCUGACAUACAAAAAUUAUGGGAACAGGAAGAGUUGCCACAAGAGCAAAUCCUCACCCAAGAGGAAGCAGACUGCGAGAGGCAGUUCAUCCGAACUACUAAGAGGGAUCCAACGUCAGGCCGAUACAUAGUCAGGCUGCCGAUUAAGCCUGACAUGAACCCCUCGAUCCUGCUGCAUCCGUCAUUAAAAGACGCUGUCAUUCGCCUCCGCCAGACAGAGACAAAACUCGAACGGAAUCCACAGCUCAAAGCGCAGUACAAUGCAUUCCUAAAGGAAUAUCUGGAAUUGGCACAUAUGAGCGAGGUCCCGUCCGCAGAAAUUUUUUGCAAACACUCAUACUACUUGCCACAUCAUGCUGUAGUUAGAGAGGACAGCACAACUACGAAAGUUCGCGUCGUAUUCAAUGCGUCCCAUAAAACGUCCUCCGGCACCUCGUUGAACGAUAUCCUAAUGGUGGGACCAAAUAGGCAAUACACCAUCUUUGAAAUAUUGCUGCGAUGGAGGAGGCAUAAAUACGCAUUGGCUGCAGACAUUGAGAAGAUGUACCGACAGAUACUCGUGGACAGUCGAGACUGCGACUUACUGCGAAUUGUUUGGAGACCAAAACCCCAAGGUCCAAUAAAGCACUACCGGCUAAACACAGUAACUUAUGGCACCGCCAGCGCUCCCUUCCAAGCAACACGUACACUACAACAGGUCGCUGAAGACUAG